UUGUCAUGCUUAUAAAGCUUAUCGCAUUUGUCCUCUAUUUUUCAGUUGAUUCACUAAUUCCGUGUGGAAUGCAAAUUUGACGCGUUUAUACAUUUUUUUGUAUCUAUUAAUCACGUAAUAAAGUGUGCAAUUGUGCAUUAUACGAGAUAAUAACACCUAUAACAAUGGCUAUAAAUGCUGCAAAAGCUAUAAUCAAACAAGGAAAAACUGCGCUAUUCAUAUGUGAUGUUCAGGAAAAAUUCGUCAAGGCUAUACAUGAAUUCGACAAGAUUGUUCAAAAUUCAUCAAAAUUGAUCAAUGCCUUGAAACUUUUGAAUGUGCCUAUGCUAGUUUCUGAGCAAAAUCCAAAGGCUUUAGGAAAAACCAUACCUGAAUUAGAUAUUUCUGGAGCAAAAGGACCUUUCGCAAAAACUCAAUUUAGUAUGUAUACUCCUGAAAUUUGUCAGGAGCUUGAGACAAUUUGUUGUGGAACAAGACCAGAUUCUAUUAUACUUAUAGGCAUUGAAACACAUGUCUGUGUAGAAAAUACAGCUAUUGACUUAAGGCAAAAUGGCUACGAGGUUCAUACUGUCGCAGAUUGUUGUUCUUCGCGUACUCAGGAAGAUAGAUUAUUAGCUUUGGAGAGAAUGCGAGAUAUAGGCUGCCACAUAUCUACUUCUGAGAAUGUUAUUUUUAAAGUUUUACGGGAUGCAAAUCACGAACAAUUCAAAAAUGUAUUAACUCUUAUCAAAACACCAACUCUGUACACAGGAUUAGUUCCUACAUCAAAGAUAUAAAUAUUUCUUAAGUAUUUCUUCUUUAAAAAAGUUAUCUACACAACAAUUAUUAUAUCAAUCAUAAAUCUUAUAUCAAUAUGUUUAAUACAGUUUAUUUUUUACAGUUUUUAAUACAUUUUGUUAGAAUUUUUUUUGUCAGUAGUCUUAAGCAAUUGUAAGGAAUUUUGAAAUGAAAAAAUUAUUCUUAUCAAAAGGCUAAUGUUUUAUUUUUAAAGGAUAUAGAACAUGAUAUAACAUUAUGCAAGAAUAAUGUACAAUGUAAUGUGCAAUGUUUAAUGAUAAAGUAUACUGUAAAUUAAA